AUGAGUAAAUAGAAGUAAACUGAUAAUAAAACAAAUGAAUAAAUUAUUAGUGAUUUACGAUUUCUUUUUGAAGUCACUAGCAACAAACACAAGUAGGAUAAAGAUUUCUUGAAAAAAUUUACAUCCUUUAUUAAAAAAGAAAAACUCACUGAUAAAAAAAAUAUCGUGAAUGAAAUGUUCAAUCUGUUUAAGUCAGCUUCCAAUUCUAAAGCUCUUUAUUUUAAUACUAUUAUUGAUUGCCUAUUGCUUAUAUAAGGCAAAGACAUAAAUAUUAAUCUUGUAUUGGCAGAAGUGAUAAAAGGUCCUUGUUAAAUUGAUAAAAAAUCAAAAGAAAAUUAAGAUAAUGAAGAAAUUAAACUCUUUUGUUUUUAAAAAUUAGAAAUUCAACAUAUAGAAAACUAACUAAAUUUAUCUAAAGUUUUGGUAUUCAUGGAAAGAGUAUUAAAAGUAAUUUCUACAAAAACUAAAGAUGAAAUUAAAAAAAUGUUUUAAUUCAUGACUUCCAUUUAGGAUAUCUUAAGUUAAUAAUUACAAUUAUAAAGCUUAAUUUGUAUACUUAUACUUAAAAUUGUAUUAACUUUAAAAAAAGAAUCAGCUCUACAAAAGACAGAUAUGAAAGUCUUAUAUUAUUUAAUUGAUGAAUAAAGUAUUCACUUAGUUUUUAAAAAUAUCUUAACAAUAGCAAAAACAACUUGUAUAUAUAUUUUUAUUUCAUAAUUUUAGAUGUUCAUAAAUAUUAUCAUUAUAUAUUUAAAAGUUGUUUUAUGCUAUUAUGUGAAAUUUGUAUAAAAAAUAAAAUGGCUGUAUACUUUUAAACAUUUCUAUGUAGUCCAAUGAGUUAAACUCAUCUAAAAACAAUUUUUAAUAUCAUCAAAGAAUUUAACUAUUAAUUCUUUUAAGACAUCAAAGAUUUGGUAAUUAUUUUUUAUUCUAUUUAUAAGCCAUAUUUAUUUGAAAAACCAAGAUUUCUAAUAGAUUAUCUCCCUACUAAUUUUUUAUUAGGAUUGCUUAAUAGAAAUCCAGGAAAUUGGAUGUGUGUGUAAAAUUUUAUUCAAAAUCAUAUUUAAAUUGAUGAUAAAUACUUAAAUUUCACACUUGCAAACUUAGCUUAAAGAUAAUCUAAAAUAGUAGAUCCAGGAUAUAUCUUCUAAUCAAAUAAAUUGUAUAUUAUAUAUAAUAUAAUAAUAGAAAAAAGAAGAACAUUAUUUAAAUAGAUUAAUUAUUGAUAGAAUCAAUUCAAUAGUAAUAAGAUGUUGGAGAUUAUAAUACUUAUAUUUAUUGUUAAUUACAUUUACUUUUAUAUUUGAAUUCUUAUGAUUUAACAAGUAAUUACUUUAAUAAAACAUAAAUAUCUUGUGAUUCAAGAUUCUUUAAGAGAUUAUUCUUAUUAAAAUUGGAAGAUAAAAUGUAUAAAUCUAAUAUUUCAUAUUUAGUUACAAAUAUUAAGAAAUUACAAGAUUAUCAAAACCUAGAUAAGGGAUUAAUUAAUACUUCACAUUUUAAAUCAACAAAUAAUUAAAACAAUUAAAAUAUCCAAUUGCAUAAAAUCAAAUAAAAAACAUAUAUUAAGAUAUCAAAUAAAUGCUUAAUAUAAAUUAUCAUUUCUAAUUCCCUUUCAUAUCUAAAUUUUCCUCAUAUAUCAAAGUCCUCUUUAAAGACCUUACUCAAUAAUUUCUAAAUAAUACUUUAUUUCCAUUUGAUUAUCAAUAAUAUUUUGGUUUAAGUAUGAUUAUUUUUAUUUAAAAUAGUUUUGAUAUUAAGUUCAUAUUCAAAGUAAGCUUUUCAAGCAUUUAUAUUUUCCAUUUUUAAUUCAUUAUUAGCAAUGAAAAAGCCUCACAAUGUACAUUAAGAGUUAACACCAUUAUAAUUGUCUGCUUUAGAAGAAGUAGGGGUGAUGUUCAAUGAGAUGAAUAUUGAAGAUUCGAUAUUUUAACAAAUGAUUAUUACAUCUAUUCACUUCUUUACUAAUUUAGAAAUUAAAAAGAAUUCAAAAUUAAAUUAAUUCACUUAGAUAUUAGAAAGAUUAAAAAUCUAUUUAAGAUUGAAUUGGAAAAGUGAAUAGAGUGUAUAAAAAUAAUAUAAAUAACUUAUGUUAAUGGCAGUAGAUAGAUUUUUGAUGUUGAAUGGAUUAGGGUAAUUAAUAAUAAUAUAUAGGACAUAAUCUUUAAAGAAUAAUCAAAGUAAAUUUUUGAGAUUUUUCAAUAGUAAUUUAGUAAACAAUAUUGAUUUUAUUGAAGUCUUGAUUAAGUUAACUUAACAUAUCAAGAUUUAAGAAGUGUCAAAAUAUUUAGAAUAUUUAGGAGAAUGUUAUUUGGGUAGUUUGGCAAUUCAUUAGUAGAAUAGAAGUCUAAAAUUUUAAUUGUGUACUUAAGUAUCUAAGAGGAAUAUAUUAGAUUUUAUAUCAUCAUAGAAAGAAUGCGUUGAUUUAUUUAGAAUAAAACAUGAAGGAUCCUAAUCAACUUUAUGAAUUACUCUAUUUUUUUUAGAGAGAGAAAAGAUUGAAAUAAGAACAACCAAAUGUAGAAUCAAAUGGAAAAUAUUAGUGUAGAAAGAAAUUAGUCUAUUUGUUUAUGAAAGAAUCAUAAUUUACAAAGGUGCAUUAUAAUUGUUUAUUGAAAUUAUUAAAAUGAAAAAAAAAUAAAAACAUAUAUGUUGGAUCUGUUACUAAACAAAUAGUCACAAGCGAUUUAAACCAUGUUAUUGCAAAGGAUCUUUGUCAUAUAUUCAUAGGAAAUGUUUAAAUGAGUGGGCAACAAAAUAGUACAAUCAAAACAAUUAGAUAAUAAAAUGUCCUAAUUGCAAAUAUGAAUAUUUAUUUGCAAUAAAAGAAUGUUAUAAAGUAAACCUAAAGGUUAUUUAAGUUGCGUAAUUUUUCAACAUGGCAAUUUUGUGAUUCAAUAGAGAAGAUUGUCUUAAUAUGCAUGACAUUAAGUUUAAUAAUAAUAUCUGGACUCGAUUUUAUGUCAGUGUCAGAUUACUUGCAAGUUGAUGAAAAUGAUAAAUAAGAAGUAACAAUGUUCAAAUGGGUAAACAGAGUUCAUUUUGGAACAGUUUUAAUUAUACUCUGUUCGGCAACAUUUAAUAUUGUCCAAAUGGCUGUGAGUAAAACUGAGUUAGAAAUUUUGGAUAUACGAUAUUGA